CUGGUCGCUGGGUCGUGACUGCCCUAGGUAAGAUCGCCGUCCCGGGCGCUGGGUCCUCUGGGCUCUGCAUGCAUCGAUGCCCUUCCGGGAGGUAGGCUGCAGCUGCAGGAGCCAAGUGGGUCUCGGAGACCGCCGGGGCGCGCAGGGCCCGGGGCGCGGAACUCCGGGAACCGCAAUUGCCAAGCACUUGUGUUUCGGGACCCCGAGGGCUCCUCGCGCCACCUCCAGCACCCGAAGAGAGUGGGAUCGACUACGGGCCUGCUACUCAAGCCUGGGAAACCAGGACACACUCUGGGAACUCUUCAACCGCCUCCAGCGCCGGACUGGUUGGGUAGAUUUCUUAAUCAAGGCACUGAAGAUCUGUGAGCAGGCUGAGCUUGCUGAGGAAGUGGCUCAUGUUUACCGGAGCAAACUGCUUCCUGGGAACCCAACCUGUUCUCCAGCCCCUCAGGCAGCACCGGCAGCUCCUGGCAAGGUCCCAGGGCCCUCUGCACCUGCUGUGGCUCACGUCCCCUACAAUGGCUACCGAGAAGAGCCAAGUUACCCCAGGCCUGUGCAGGACACACAGCCACCAAAGUCCCCAGGAGAGAGUUCAGAGCCAGCCCCACAGAUACCCAGUUCCAGGGGAGUCCUGAGGAGACCUGCUGGCUCCUUGGAGCCCUCCUCUAACCCAACAUCCCUCAGCCUUCCGACAUCCAGCAGGCAUCAGGAGCAGGAUCGAGAACUGGGUGGUACCCACAUAGCAGGUGCAGUUUGCAGCUCCACAUCAGCCUGUGGGCCUGUGUCCCCGACUGUCUCCUUCCAGCCCCUGGCCCGUUCCACCCCCAGGAAAAGCCACUUGCCUGGACCUGCAGUGUCAGCUCCUGCAUCUGCUGGUCCCUCCUCCAUUGCCUUGGCUUCUGUAGAGGAGAUUGGUGACCAUAAUAAGACUGCCAUCUGCUCUAGUGAUGCAGAGGUACCUGCUGAUUCAACAACUACCAGCUUACUGCCCUCCAAAGUGCCUGCCAACUCGGCCCUUGUCGGCUUGGGGCCCUCCAAGUUGCCUACCAGCACAAAGCCCCCUGGUGCAAUGCCCCCUAAAGUGCCCUCCAACCCAGCACCAUCCAAGUUGCCCAUCAAUUCAACACGUGCUAGCGCCAUGCCAUCCAAAGUGCCUACUGCUACCAUGAUUCCCACCAAGGUGCCUACCAACACAAUGCCCUCCAACGGGAGCAAAGCCAAGGAGACCCCAGGGACUCCAGCAACCACAGUCACCAUUGAAGGCAGCUCUCCUUGGAGGGGUAGCAGCUCUGGGAACUUGCCCUCUGAGGCCGAGCUGAGCAAGCCUGGUACCCUGGUAUCGAGGGUCGAUAGCCAGCCAUUUUCCGGCUGUUCUGAAGAUCUCGCUAUCAGCAAUUCUCUGGUCCUGGAGUCCAGCCAAGGCCCAGAGGAAAAUGAGUACAUGUCCUUUGCUAUCCAUGUGGCUGAGGGUCCCAGUGCUGACCUCCUGGAUGGCAGCCCUGAACGACCUGAGGCCUCAGAGCCCCAGGAGGAGGAAGAGGAGGAGAUGUGCCCAACAGCACCAGGGGCUCUGUGGUGGCUGGGGACUGCCGCAGCCAGCGCGCUCCUGGCGGUGCUCCUGGUAGUGCUGUACCGGCGGCGCCCACUGCAGUGAAACCUCCAUUGCCCACCACAUUCCCAUGGUGCCCUUUCCCCAGGCUGGCAGGGGCCGGGUCAAGCAGGGGACCUCGAGAACUACGGGCCUGAUGGAGGAGUGAGUUGUGAGGACAGCGUUUUCUGUCCUAGCUCUUGUCCUCUGCUUGUCCCUCACCAUCCUUGGCUUUCCAGGCUCUAAGCGGCCCCCAGUGCUUCAGACCUUGCCUACCUGGUAGUCUCCCUGUGUGCUCCUAAGGAGGUCCCCUCCACCAGGCUUUGUCCCCCUUUGCCCAAGCCUGAAGAUCAGGAGAUGCCCCUCAUUCUGCCCAGGUCCCCUGAGGCCAAAACAGGUGUUCUGGGUGGGGAAUUCCCACAAGACCUUGUUCCCCGCCCAGCAGCUCAGCAUCCUGACAGCAGCAAGGUGCCUAGUGUUCAGGGAGCCAGCUGCUUUGGGUUCCCUGUCUCUCUAGUCCCCCUCUAUUGGCCAGCCCACCCUGGAAGAAGGUCCAGUUCCAGUGGACCCAGGGAAGCCAGAAGCAGCCACUAGACAGGAGGAAGACCCUUGGAGCCUUUCUCCAGUCCCCUUACCUCCACCUCUGUCCUCCAUUCUCUUUGGCUUCCUACAUGGAUUGGGGAAGGGACCUGCCUAGUGGGCAGAAUUCAAGCCAGGUUCAGAUUUCAGUUCUUCCCUUUCUGGGCUGUGUGACUUUGGCAGAUGUUCAGGCUCUCUGGUCUGGUUUCCCCACGUGGACAGUGAGCUUCUAGCUCAUCCUUCAUGGACAUGGCAUACAGGAUGCGGCAUCCCUCCUGUCUAACCUGGUAGAGCUGAGGGCUUGAGAGGCAGAGUGCACAGCAACAAGGGUGCGCUGUGCAGUGAGGGCAGGCUCAGGCUGUAUCCUGCUCAUCAUCUCACUAGCUCUUUAAUCCCAGGCAAGAUAUUAACCUCUGUGUGCCUCACUUUUCUCACCUGUUAAAUGGGAGUGAAAUGUCUACACACACACACACACACACAUACACAUAUGUAUGUACGUGUGUGUAUAUUCUAGUGUUGUCCUGGGGAUUAAAUUAGUUUAUCUAUGUAAAUCUUAGUCUGAAUCCUGGCAUUUCCUAAGGACUGGAUACAUGUUAUUAUUGCUAAUUAAAUGGGCAGUGAGUAGA